AUGGGAGAAAACAUCAAGAGCUCUGAGCUCGACGGGUCAAAGUACAGUCGCCAACAAUUGACGCCCGCGUUAACAGCGAUGAUCAGGCAAGUGUCUCUGACGUCGCCCGUAUCAUAUCUAAAAUUCCUGAACGGGAGUGCGCGAACGGUUAUUUUAAAGUCGUCUCAGACCGAAGCGACCGCGAUCCGUAUCGCCAAAGCGGGUUUCACUUAUCAGUUCCUAGCGGGAACGUCCGCCGAUAGCCGCCGCGGUCUAAAUGCGAUGGAUGAGAUAUUGAAUGCGUUUAAUGAUUUU